CUUCCCUCACCACAUCCAUAAACCUUCUCUUUGGUCUUCGUCUCUCUCGCUCUCUUCCCUGGUAGCUCCAUCCUCGUCAUCCUUCUACCAAUGUACUCACUCUCUCACCUCUGGACAUGUCCAAAACCAUCCAAGUCUGCUCAACUAUCCUCCCAUUUUGUUCGCCGCCGAUCUUAAAGGUUCCUGGAAACGCUCCUGACUUCUAAGAGAUCCCACGGGAGUUCUUCAACUCCCGAGGACGUGGAACACGGUGAGCGGUUGAUCACAGACAGCCGCAGGUAAUAACAGAACAACACAGAUAAGGGACCCAACCCGGAACGCCCAGGAGAGGUGAGACCCCGACUGGGCACAGUUCCCUUGAUCCGCGUUUGCUCAGCAAUUCGCAAAAUGACCCGGCGUGAUUUGUCCAAACUGUGUUGCCGUACAUUUGCUGCUGCUGCUGCUGCUGCUGCUGCUCGACUUCCACGUCGUGCAGCUUCCCCGACGCAAGUAAAACACUCUUCACGUCAUCGUCUCCCGAAUCAGCCUCGGCAGGGCACGUCUUGUCGCUACCUUGCCCGACACGAGCAAAAAUAUUCUUUCUGAAUUGUUCGCCUCCGGCUACCGUAGCUCGCCCGCUGCGAACGAGCACACAGAGCAGUUGUGGAGGUUUGCGACAAUCACGAGUCGUGAUCGUCGUGGACGGAAAAAUCAGCCCCAAAAGUGUCAAAGAGGAAAAACCAGCCGCAAAGUCUUUCCAAGGCGCCCCAAAACGGGCCACGUUUUUUUUAGUCUUUUCAAGAAGAUUCCCGCUUACUGACGUCACUGGCGCCGUCGUAGUGGCGUUGACUUUCGUACGUCAUGCGUGUCUUUAUUUACAUUUCGUGGACGUCCUGCAUUACCAAUUUGCGUUGUUUUUGUGCUCUGAUGGAAUCUAUCCCGGGCUGCACGGCGGGUGGCUCAGCUGGUAAUUCUGAGGUCCCGGGUUCGAUCCCGGCCCCGCCCGUGUGGACUUUGCAUGUUCUCCCCGUGCCUGCUUGGGUUCCGUCCAGGCGGGGACUCCUGCCCGAUGACAGCUGGGAUGGGCUCCGCCACUAUCGUGACCCUUGUGAGGAUAAGCAGCUUGUAAAAAAAGAUGGACGAAUGGACCUGACUGACUGACGGGCUUGUCUUUUCCACCCGUGAGCGUUUGCCUUCGAAUGUCCUGCAGACAUGAACCGGCAUCUUCGUCGUGAGCGGCAGCAGUGGAACUUCAGGGUGGGGCAGGAGGAGGCAGCGCCCCGACAUGGCGAAGAGGAAGAAGAGCAACAGACCCUCCGCAUCAAAGAGGAGGAGGAGGACGAGGAGGAGGGCGCCGAUUUCACCGCGCUGCCCUUUAACGGCAUCAUUGUGAAGAUCGAAGGCGAUGAUGAUGCACAGGAAGGUGACGGAGACCACGGUGGAGGCGCACAAACGGACAUCCUGCUCGCCGCGCGACCUAAAAGUGACGACACGUCGUCACACGCUGAUGAAGAACGCGCAGUGUACGGUGGUGCUGGCGGGUGGAGCAGCGCCCCUCUUCUGACGUCAAAACUGCAAAUCUGGGCUUGCAGCUCUUUCUCCAUUUUUCCCGUCUUCCUGGAAAUCCGCCGAUGACCACAAAGACGUCAGUUCCCAGCACGUUUGCACAAAAGUGCACAUUUUUAUUGAAAUAUCGUGUCACUGUUGUGGCGGAAACGACGAGUGAAGUAAAAUACUGACCUGGGCGUGAAAAUUCGCACGCAUAAAGACAAGAAAGUUAAAUGGUGGAGCACAUCACAACAUAUCACAGCAGGACCACAAACAAUACAAGUGCACAACCUCUGGCUUCUAUUUACACGCGUCACUGUUUGUGUACAUGUACACACACUCGCGUGUUAUGCGGGAGCCAUAUGAACAUUUAGCGUGUACUAGUACGCUCUUUGUCCUCUCUGGUCUGUGUACUAGUAGAAGGCGUCUUACUAGUGGGGCCAAAGUGUACACAACUUCAUCGUACUAGCGACGUUAUCAAAUUCUAGCAGUUAACCUGGAGUGUUUGACUAGUAGCGCACGGAUGUCUACUAGCGCAAGAUGUAGUUGUGCCUGCCCAAGUCGCCCAGAAGUAGCACGAGCCCGCCGUAUUUCCCUACUGGCGAGGAAGCGAGCGGACCAUCAAAAGGCCUCGCCGUUGCUGCGACUUGCGUCUUGAGCCGCGGCGAC